AAUUCGAAAGUCACAAAUGACAAACGGUAUACCGCUGACAUUGCCAAUAUAAAUAAAACGUUCGCCCAAAAAGAAUCGUGGCUGCGUGCGCAUCCUUCUCAAACGAGGAAACAAAUCUUUACGUGCCCCGAUCGGUAGACGGAUUUUGAAACUAAACUGCCAACAUCAGUACCAAACAGACGGUAACUGAGUGCGGUUCGGCAUACUGUUUAGCAAAGCGUUUUCAUCACUUCAUCUCCCCCUUUUCAGCAGCAUCCAACAGCAUCUAGCAAAUCAUCUGAACUCGAAGAUCGUGUGUGUGGGAGUGUGUGUGUUUUUGGUCGUAUGUGACAAAGUGUUGUGAUAAGAAUCGAAAGAUAAAUCAGUGAAGGAAACUCAAAGCCAAGACACAAUCGUAAGGAAGCAACAUGUCUGGCGACACGCAGCCUAAGAAGCGGAAGGACAAAAAAAGGAAGAAAGAUGAUGAAGAUACGGUUAAGGAAACGACCGUCCAUGCCCCGAAGCAAUCGUCUGCCGGGGCAGCUCAGGCCGCUAAGGAACCGGGCGAUAUUCAGAUGCACAUCCACAGUGAUCACGGUACCGGUGGACACUGGUGUGCGAAGAUCGUUUUCUUCGUCCUGUUGGCCGGUUUGGGUGCACUGAUCGGCCUCAUCCUUAUGGAAAGCCAGGGUGUAUCGAACGAUGAUACGCCACUGUCUGAAUCGAGGUACUCCGAAUUCUUCAACGGUUGGGUCGAUGAAACGAGACAGGACGAUCACCACCACGAUGAAAUACUGGCCGCCAUCAACUCACUGGACGAUCAUGAUGAUGAUGGCGGUGACGAACAUCACGCCGCGGAUGACCACGAUGAUCAUGAUGAUGAUGAUGCGCACGAUCAGGACGGUGAUGACGGUCAUGACGAUGGUGCACCUUACGCGGAGGAAGAAGAUCAUGAUGAUGAUGAGGAAGGUGUGCAAGAUGAUGAUGAAGAUGAAGGACCAGCACAAAAGCUGGACGACGAUGAAGUGGAGGAAAUCUUCAUCCAGCAGGAAGCAGCCGCUCAACAGCAAGCUGCAGCUGCGGCUGAAGACGAUGAUAACGAUGAUGAUGAUGAUGAUGACGAUGGGCAGGACGAUGAAGAUGAUGAUGACGAUGCCGGUGCCAACGAUAAAAUUAAUAUUGUUGUUGACGAUGAUGAUGAUGAUGAUGAUAAUGACGAUAAGAAUGAGGCACCAAAUAACGGACAAGAUAAUGAUGAUGAUAACGACGAAGACGAUGAAAAUGACAAUGAUCAGGAUGACGCGGAUGGCAAUGAUGAUGAUGAUGAUAAGGAUACCGAAGAUGACGAUGUAUUGACAAAUACUAAGACAGAAAAGAACGAUAAAUUUGACAAUGACAAGAAUAAUGAACAAAAUGAAAAUGAUGAUGACGAUGAUGGUGAUGAUGGUGAUGAUGAUGAUGAUGAUGAAGCUGAUAUGAAAAUAGAAGACAAUGACGAAAACGAUGAAGAGGAUGAUGAUGAUGAAGAUGAUGUAGAAUUAAAGAGCAAACAAGACAAUACUGAAUCCGUGGUGAAAAGGAAUGCUGGUGCUGGAAAUACAAAAGCAAGGGAUGCUGAUGAUGAUGAUGAUGAUGACGACGUCGUAAAUGAGAUUGCUGAUGAUGAUGACGAUCAGGAUGAUACACCAUUUGAUGAAGAACUUUCUAAUGCUUUGAAUGAUCGCACUAACCAACGAUUGCGAACGCUUGAAAAUAGUUCUAUCGACGAAGGCAUUCUGAAGUCUUCCGUUCAAAGCUCCACAACUUCAAAAACCGACGACCGCGAACCUGAACAAAAUCAGGCACAACCAUCAUCAACCACGGCAUCAACCGAAGAAGCUGUAACGGGUGACAAAUUAAAAGAUCAAAUGGAUGAGUUGGUACGAAAUUAUAACAAGCUUGCGGAGUCGUUAGACGUACCGAAAGUUGAAGAUGUUCCUGGAAAUACUCAUGGGACGGUUGAAGUACAGGACGGGGACGACGAUGGCGACGAGGCAGAAAUUGAAGAAGUAACCCGUGGAUCUCAACCAGCAAACGAUGACGACGAUGAUGAUGAGGAUGACGAUGACAAUGCCGUGGAUGACGAUGACGACGAUAAAGCCGCUUUUGGUGAAUUCGUUGACAACGACGGAGGAGAGGAAGAAUAUUUGGAGAAGGUUCGUGCUGAACAGCAGCGUCGCGCAGCAGCAGAGGAAGAACGCAGAGCCGCUGUCGAGCCGGAAGAGGAAUCUUCACUUACCGUAAAAAUCUUUGUCGGUGUCGCACUACUCGGUGCUGCGCAUCUUCUCUUAACUAGUCCACGUGCUCCUACCAAAAAACCGACAAAUGAAAGCGACGAUAAACUGAAAGUGGAUAGCAUUCCUGCCAACGUAUCAUCUACCAUUAAUCCGACGAUCGUACCAACCAAAGCAUCAAACGUGGAACCAACGGUCACCAAAACCGUAUUGGAUGAUUUUGUUUAUGCUGGUCCACCGAAUCGAUCGUUUUCGGAUAAUACCGGAGUCAUCGAAGGAAAUGUGAUCAUAUUUGACGAUGACGAUGACGUCGAACGUUAUUCCGGUGAUGAUUACGAGUACGAAAUGGAAGAAGAAAUUGAGGAAGGCGAUGAAGAAGCAAUACCUGAAGAGGACGACGAAGAAAAAAAUGUCAUAAAACAGGAACAGGAAAUCGGUGCAUUUGUACCGAUUACGUUUGAGGAUUUCAAUUCAAUGUACCGAUCUCCUUUAGAGACCGUAGAUAACGAGCGACAACAGGAAACAUUUUCCAUUCAAUCAGCAUCAAUGGAACAACCUACGGCAAAGAAGGUGACAAAAGAUUCACUACUGGCACGUAAAAAACCACCAAAGGGUGCAGUGAACAAGCUCAUAUAUGGCCUGCAUAAAGAUCCAAUCGUUAUACCGGCGGACGGAACGGAAACACAAACCGAUCGGGCUGGAGCAGCCGCUCAGUCUGCGAAACCAAAACAUGUUGAGUUUCUCUUGCCCGAACGAAAUGAGCUGGAAUACGAGCUUGAGCCAGAGUUUGAGCUAGAGCGCACAUCACCCCUUCCGGCGGGAGAUAAUGGUAGUAAGGAAAACCUCUUUGUACCGGACACCAGCGAGGAAGAGCUAGAACCGAACGAAUACGCGGAAGAGUACAGCGAGUACGCGGAGGAGGAAGAAAUUGUGUACGAGGACGAGGAUGAGGUGAUCGACGAUAUUGAGUCGGUUCUGCUAAAUCAGUACGGUUCGGAUGAGGAGGAAGAACCGCUGACUGACGACAACAUUCCGCCGGGCGGUGACGAAGAGGAAGCGUCCGAUGUCGAUGAUGCGGAUCUGAUGCGACGUUUGGAGGAAAAGUACGGCAAGCUACCGGCCACCGAAGCUGCCGCACCAGAGGGAAACGACGAUGAUGACGAAGCAACUGCAGCAGGCUGGACAAAAAUCCCCUCGAGAGCUGAAGAAGCUGAUCGGUCCUAUCAGGAAGAAUUAAGAAGAGCUGAGCAGCAACUUGACGAGAACAAGCCCCAAGAAGCGUUGGCCAUCUUCGAUCGUAUUAUCCUUGGAAAACCCAACUCUAUCGCGGCAUUAGUCGGCCGAGCACAAUGCUUGGAUGCGCUGGCCGAACAACGGCGCAGUAACACGGUUCUGAUCGAAGCGAUCACCGCCUAUCGGAAGGUGAUUGAACAAGAGCUCGCGGUGGAUGAUGCAACGCUCAAGACGAUAGCGGAACGAUGCAUCGAUCGUAUGCGCUUUCAGGGUCAGCAUGCGAAAGCGAUCGAGGUGCACAAGGUGCUGAUUCGACGUUUCGAUAACGAACCGCAGUAUCGGAAUCAGCUUGCCGUCAGCUAUCUGUACAUGAACAGACUUGCAGAGGCAAAAGCCGUACUCCACGAAACUUUACUUCGUUGGAUUGACGAUGGAUUCGCGCUGGUACACUAUGGAUUCAUUCUGAAAACGUUGGAUCAAAACAUGGAGCUUGCUGCCCAGUACCUGCAGGAAGGUAUCGAAACAGAACAUCCAGGCACGCAGGAUGGACGGUUCUACUUCCAGCUUGGCGAUGCUUUACAAAGGCUAGGGCGUAAUCGCGAGGCACUGGACGUCUACCGAAAAGGUGUUCAAAAGAAGCUGUUUCUGUCGCUCUAUCAACGCUCUCUGUACAAUGUCGAUGGAUUGCGAUCACGCCCGUUCUGGACGGUGGACCAAACGACAUAUGCUACCGAGCUGGAACUUAUUCGCACCGAAUGGAAACAGGUACGGGACGAAGGUCUCAAGCUGCUGAACAGUGCCGGUGUGUUUGUGAAUGAGUCGGAAAAUUUGCGCGAUCGGGGUGACUGGAAGCAGCUGGAACUGUUUUCCCGGGGCACUCGGGUGGAGCGUAACUGUGCUCGCGCACCGCUUACAUGUCGACUGGUGGAGCAAUACUUUCCGGCAGCUCGCACCUGCAAGCGCGGUCAGGUGAAGUUUAGUGUAAUGCAUCCCGGAACGCACGUGUGGCCACACUGUGGACCGACGAACUGUCGAAUACGAGCUCAUUUGGGUUUGAGAGUCCCACAAGGUACCUACAUACGGGUGGCUGAAGAAACACGAUCUUGGGAGGACGGAAAGUGGUUAAUAUUUGACGAUAGCUUCGAGCACGAGGUGUGGCAUAAUGGAACAGAGACGCGAUUAGUGUUGAUUGUGGAUUUUUGGCAUCCUGAUCUUACGGAAAGUCAGCGGCGUUCCCUGUCCCCUAUCUAGAAAUUUGGCUUGAUGUCUCCUUAUAGUACGAGGAACAGGGCUGAGAAUACCAGGCGUAGAACGCAAGUGCAUUUUUACCCUUAUUUUAUGCGUGUUUUUUUCAUUUGAUUUUUGAUUGAAAGUUAGGACAAGCUGGCGGUGCCUUUUGCAAAUUGCGAGUGAGUUUUAAACUAGUUGUAGGAUAAAUAGAUGAAACGGAAGAAUGAAUCAAAACAAAAAAUCUGUUCUCGAAUCACACGCGUGUUUACAACCAAAGUUAAGUAGUGAGCUGUUCCUACCGGUUGGCCUUUUCGUGUUACGGGUCAUCGAGGUAAUGUGUGUUAUUUUGUAAAGACAUCUCCAAAAAGGAGCCUAUAAAGACGAACACAAAUACAAGAUACGGAUAGAAGGACUGAAGGACUGGUAGGAAGAACUGAAGAAAGUGUUACAAUGAGGGAAUCGAAUUUAGUUUUCUAUUAAAUGCCAGAAACGGUGCAAGGAAGAUCUAAAAGAAAAAUCUCCACAAUGUUGCAAUUAUGAAUCCUAUCAGGAUGAUUGUUACCCAUCAGAAGCUGUCAUAAUAGAGAGCCAAUUGUGCAGGAAUGUGCUCCAAAUGAGGAGAUAAAUAAAAUUUAAAAACAA